AUGCAGCCGGUACGGGCUGUGCGCCUCAUUCCCGGCAGGGAAGUCUACAAACACAUCUUCGAAGAUGAGGUUCACUUAGUACAUUCUUCAGAUGAAGUAAGGAACAAGUCUAGGUUUUCUAUGAAGAGUGAAAGACUUGCUUUGGUGAGGGAUUCAGAAAUUUCUACUGAUGCCAGGCUACUACCAUGUUACCAACAGAAGUGUGCUGAAAGAACGCCCUACAAUGACUUCACAGAAAAGCCACCGCCGUACAGCAAAGCUGCGACAUUUCAAAAGACUUGGAAAAAUGUAGAUGUAAAUGCAGCUGAGGAAGUCAGAUCCCUACCUGAUUUUGUUGCAACAGUUCCAAGCGACAUCAUCCUCAUUUCUUUCUUGGCAGUUCCUGAGGAAACGAAGAGUAAUAUCUUGGAACGCUUGUCAGAACGCCGACGAGCCCGUCAUGAUGAAGCAGUAACCUUAAUGUAUCAUGAGCUUGCCUGCAUUGCCAGGGAGAUGGAACCCUUUGUUUUGGAGCCUGGAAAAUUCCUUCUGACAAAACUCAUGGAAUCUGACAGAAAAAUUGAACUUCUGUUUAAAAAGAUUGAGUCUGACACUACUCUGGAAGGUUUCUCGAUUGAAGUAAGGGAAAUGGAUGAAUCCCUAAAAGAGGUUGAAAGGAGUCGGGCUGAUAAAAUAACAGAAGUACUGAGGAAGUAUACCGUGAUACUGGAGGAAAUUUCCUUCUUCUUGUCAGCUGAUGUUUACAGGUUCAUGAAUGAUGAGGCUAUGAUGAUUAACAGAGCACUGUUGGCUAAUCAGAGGGCAAUUGCCAAGCUCUUCUUUAAUCUAAUGAAAUCAGAGAUGAAGAGGGAAUUAUCAGAUCGAUUGAAAUGGCAAGAUAGGGUCAAGGACUGGAAGCUCAUCCAAAAGAAUUAUGUAAUUCACAGUUUCAGUGAUUUGUUGCCUCCAAAACACACGAAAGCCGAGAUAAAUGAAUGGUACAGAUCUUUGGUGAAUUUAAACAAAAGUAUAGAUACCCACAAUGUGCAGUGUAUGAUGAAAAUACACAUCCAGUAUGAGGUAGUCCAGCAAAAAUGUUUGGCAGAAGUGCAGUUAUGCAAGAAUAACCUGUUGAAUCUGAAUGUUUGCACAAAAGAAGAGGCCGAAGAAAUUGUGAAUUCUGACUUACUUCCGUUGACUGAGAAACUAAAAAGUCAGUUUGAAGAAGAACUGGAGCAUAUGAAUAGAGACUUUGAGGAGCUGGCUAAACAGAAUGAGCAGAAUUGUAGGGACUUGUACAGCUAUUUUCAGGAGGCCAUGGCUCUCUGGGAUGUCCAUCAACUCAAACUGUCCCAGCAGGAAGGUGAACUUCAGAAGAAAUUAGAUGAAUGCAGAUGGAAACAGGAUAACUUAAUACAGAUUAUGGAAGCUAAUCUGGAUAUAAUUUUGGGUGAAAUGAGAACCGCGAGCUCUGAAGAAAAGCUGCAGCAGUAUUUGAAGAAUGCCCUUUCUUCUUUAGAUGAAAUCAGAACUAGGUAUGAGACAUUCAACCAAGUUCUAAUGGAUAAAGUAAUGGCUUACCCAGAAGCUAUUUUGUGGGAAUUGAUUUCUUAUAGUAUAUCCAUCAGCCAAUAUUUUAAUGUAAAGGAAAUCUUCAAACAGAACUUGCAAGGAAAGACAGACUCCACAUUUCAAGAUCAAGUAAAACUCUGCUUUAACUGGAAAGAACUAGUUAAGGCUUCAGAAGCUGAAUGUCUGGUGGAGCAGCAAGCUGAGAGCAUUGUGCAAGAAAAUGAAGCAGAAGAAAAGACGGACAGUUUUCAAGGAGAAAAUGAAGAAACAAUCACAACUGAGAAUGAGGAGGUCUUUGCACAGGAAACUGAAGAAACAGAGGAAAAAGAAGUUAUUCCUUAUGGAAGUGAAGAAACUGAGCAUGCAGAACAAGGGGUAAGCUUUACACAGGUUAUGUUCAACAGCAGCAAGGCAGAAAACUCUGAAAUUGCUGUUGAGACCUUUUCCACUUCUAGUGGAAACUCUUACACAGUUCUUGGAGCUGAAGAGGCAGGAAAGACUGACAUCCCAGAGGCUUAUUUUACAAAAUAUGAAAACAAAGAAUCACUUCCUAUGUACCUGAAAUGUGUACUUAUCAAAGAAACUGUGUUUGUAGAGCUGAAGAAACGGAUUCGCCUCUGCUUUUUUGAGCACUUGGAGAAAUGGUUUGCAGAGUCUUUGUCCAACUCCUGUGUCUUUGUAGCUGCCAAGAAAGAGGAGCUGAAUUCAGAACUUCAUCUACGUCUUUGCUUGCAUCAACGAAGGCAGGAGAAUAUAGAGACAAAUAUCUGCAAUGUUAGAGCUGUGGAACUGUUGCUUCACAAAGAGCGUCUCGAGUGCCACUGUGCAGGGGUGGUGGAAGCUCUGAAAAAAGAGCGUGCUGAAUUUCUCAAAUUUUGUGAUCAGCAAAAUAAUAACAGCAAAAACUUACAUUCACGAAUCUGUGACAUGGAGUCUGUCUUCCUCAGUGCUCCUAUGACUGAGAAGUUAGUUUCUUUCAGCAACAGUCUGCACUCAGAGCUACAUAAUCAUCUGGAAGUGAUCCAGGUUUCUCUCAGGAGUUACCGGAACUAUCUGGAGGAAGCUUUAGGAAAAUUAAGGGAUUCAAAUGUGGAUUUUCUCAAAGCUUGCAGAUUGUUUUUGGAGGGAGGUAACUUUUCUCCUGAGGAGGUAAAGUAUUUCAGCAAGCGUCUUCAGAAAGAAAGUAAGCGUAUUGACUCUUUUGAAAGUUUAAUCAAGACGGAUGUGGAGAAAAUGGAAUCGAGCUGCUUGGAGCAGGCUACUGAACUUAUCAACCAGUCUGAAACAAAGUUCCGUUACCUCUUUAUGAAUCGAGUCUUUAUGGAGAAGAUCCGACGAUUUUUGACAAAUCUACAAGUGCAAAUCAAAUCAGAGGUAGCAAAAUCCAAUUUGCAGGCAGUGACAUUAAACUCUUAUCUGGAGAAGCUCCAUCAGAAGAUAGAUGCUUGUGCUCAUCCUACUGCAGAUAAAGCAGCAAGUUCUAAUCAGGAUGAAAUGGCUUUGACUUCUGAAGGGUUGUAUGAUUUUGCCAAAGUAGUGUUGAAAGAACUGAAAAAGAGGAGCCAGUAUCUUGACUGCUUGCUAGUAAAAGCAAUGAGCCCGCAUGAUAAUGAGGACUUUACCCCUCUUCCAGCGGAUGUUACGUUACAAGGUCCAAUUGCUGUUGCCAUUCGAACAGAGUGUCUCAGAGAUGAGAACAAAGUGAUGGUGAUGGGGAUGGAUCCUGACAAAUUUCCUUUGUUAAAUCCAAGCAGAAUGGGAAAGUCUGCAGUUGAUGAUUUAUCAAUAAGCGUUAUAAAAAAAUUGCUUGAAAUUCAGCCAUCCAGAAAAUCUUCAGGCCUAAAUCAGGAGAGAAAUGAUCGCUCACGUUCAUUAGGACCAGCAGUUCUUCCCACCCCAAAGAAGAGUUCUCACUUAAAUGUAUCUGAUGAAGGUCCUCAGAACUCUGCUACUUACAGCUAUGCAGCUCAGAUCCCCAAGAAGUCUUUUAACAGAAAGAUGCCAACAGGAAGGAUACAGAAGUACACCAGACCAGUUCUGAGUGACAAGACAUUCAAAAUAUUUGGGGAGAAGCCUCCAGAAUCUGAUAAACAGCUAGAUCCACCUUCAAAUAUUUUUGGUUUAUCUAAAAUGCGUGAUAAGCUCUUAAGUACCUUUAAGGGGAUUAUUAUGAAUAUUCUCUGGAUGGGUAAUAACAGCUUGCUCUGCCUUGCUGAGGAGUUCUACCAAAAAAAGACACCUCAAAUCACAAUGCCUGAAGAUCUGCCAAAGACAUUUGAACAUUGUGCAGAAAUGCUCAAACAGAAGCUGUUGUCAUACCAAAGUCAGACAAAUGUUUACUACAAUUCCUGUCUUAUAGAAUUUCAGGAUCAGUUGAAGUUGUUUGAGAAGGAGAUCCCUUAUGUCUCCCAGUUGGCAGUUUAUAGUCUUUUAAAAGAACAUGAGCAGAAGCUCAGCUAUUCCACUGGUCAGAUUCGGCGCCUCUUCAAUAAACAGCUGGAAGACUGGGAGAGUGUGAAGGCUGUGCACAAGAACCAGUUGCAUCCUUCUCUGGGACACCCAGACAACUUACUUCAGCUGGAUGCUUUGUGCCAAGAGGAAAUAAAAAGGCAAAAAGACCAAGCUGAUGGUAUUCAUCGCAAUGCACAGAUGCUGCAGGACUGUGCUGCUGAGUGUGCUCAGAACUUUGUUUCUGCACUAGCUACCUUCACUGAAAAGCUGCUUCUGGAAUUAGAUGAAAGUAUCACUAUUGAUGAUGUACAAGUAGCAAAAACUGAAAUACCAAGAGAGAAGACAUCCACUUUAAUCCGUCGUAAACAAGCUGGACUCCCUCUAGAAAUCUGUGAAGUUAAACAGUUAAUUGAGCGUGGGAGCAGGACUUGGCCAGGAAUACCUAUGACUACUCUUACAGACAAUUCAGACUAUAUUCUUUGCAGAGAAACUGCAUCAGUUACAACAGCUAAGACUACACUGGGCCACGUAGCAGUAGUAGAAGCAAGAGAUGCUGUAUAUAAGAAAUACAAAUGUAAACUCGAGCAGCAGUUUGCCCAGAUCAAGGAAGAAAGUACAGCUCAGCUGCUGACAAUUCAGCGUUGGGAAGAUUGGUGGAAACGAUCCAUCCAGAAGAUAAAGCAACUCUAUACAUGA